AGGAAUUCACUUUUGUUCUAACACAGUUGUUUGAAAAUCUAAUUAAAUACUUCUCUUUAAAUAGGCAGACCCUAAAAGAUACUGUUGAUCCCAGAAUCUCAUCAAGCAGCUUCUUGAAGGAUCCCAGGGUGUCAGCUUCAACAACAUUACUGGGGAGUUGGUUCCAGACCCCCCACGAUUCUCUGUGUAAAAAAGUGCCUCCUAUUUUCUGUCUCUCACACAGCUUUAGCUGCAAUCUAGUUUAUCGCCCCAAAACAGCUAACAGCACAGAUCACACCAAAUAACAGUUUGAGGAUGUGUGUGCAACUCCUAUUUCUGCCCCUCAAAUUGCGCAAUUUGUCACCAACUAGCUUUUGCGUUUCCAGGGAAACGGAGCUCCGGCAGGAAGCUGCCUCUCAAUGAGGUCACUUCCUCUAACGAUCUGGCAGGCUUGUGCUUCUGGCAUUGGAAACCGACGGCGCAACAGCAUGGCGUUAAAUGCAGAGGAUGACUGGGAGCCCCCCUCGCAGUCGGAGAUGAAGGUGAUCCAGGCCCGGCGCGAGAGGCAGGACAAGAUCAGCAAGCUGAUGGGAGGCUACCUGCUGAAGGGUUACAGGAUGCUGGGGGAGUGCUGCGAGGAGUGUUCCACUAUCCUGAUGCAAGACAAGCAGAAGAAGAAUUACUGCGUAGCGUGCCAGGAGCUGGACUCUGACAUGGACAAGGACAACCCAGCUUUGAAUGCCCAAGCUGCCCUCUCCCAGGUUCGAGAACGCCAGCUAGCUUCAAACCUCCAAACCAAUCAUAACGGGACUCCACCUUCUGUCCCCUCCCCUUCUGCAACAAGCAUCCAACCAAGACCUGAGCACUGCGAGGGCGCUGCCUCCGGACUGCGAGCCUUGCCUCCUGUCCUCAUUAACCCUGCCCCUGCCCCCGCCCCCUCUUCCACUGUCCCCGCCUCUGUGCCACAAGUCCCCGCCCCUAUCCCCAUCCCUGUAGUGGCAAGCCCCUCCCCCAGUCAUGUUGGCCCCUUCCCCAAUGCUCUGGAAAGCGCAGAAGAUGCGUUGCUGCAGAAGUUGCAAUGGGCGACGCGUGAACUGCAGCAGGCAACGUCAAUAGAGAGCAGCGUGCAGCUUUGCAAUCUGAUUCGCAGCUGUGCAGAGUCUCUCCGCAGCAUCAAAGAACUGCAGCUGUGAGCUGUGCUAUUCUCCAUUGCACCCCUAGGAAGCGUGGUGGUGGGACAGCUAUUAACUCGCUAGAGUUUAUGUAGGCUUGCUCCUUUUCAGCAUUUCAUUUUCACACAAAAUACCGUAAUAAAUCACUCACCCUUUAGAGUAAUUAUAGACAGGUUCUUUAUUGAAACAUCAUGAGACCUGUUAACUGUGCACCAGGCUGCAGGGGCUUUGCUGCUCAAUGCCAUCAUUUUCAAUUCAUUCUUUGCUUCUGACCAGCAGCUGACCAAACGCACCCGGGAUAUCCAAGCGAAAUCACAGCAAAUGAAACGGGUGUCAAUCAUACCCGACGCUUUCCUAUUGUUGGCUUUGGAUCCCAGUAUCUCCGCCCCACUCAAUCACAGCUCAGCUCAGCUGCUCAGAAACAACUCAUAAAAGUGCUGAAACCUGUUGUAUAACUAACCCCUGGUGAGUGAUUUAUUACAGUAUUUUAUGUAACAUUUCCCAGGAUUUUGUGUUUAUUAAAAUAAUAACAUUUUCUCCAAUAUUAAAGUUGUCAUUUUUCUCUAGAUCUGCCUGUACCCAACUUAGAGCUGCUUUGAGCUUGUCUGGACAUUCCUAACUGCCAGGACUGAACAGCCUUCCCCAUUCCACUCAAAUUAUGUGGCAGUUAGGAUUCUCCCGACAAGCAUGGUAAAGCAUAGGUAAGCAUUGUAAAGCACAGAGAGAUGUGGUAAAAGCCUAUCUAUAUCUAUAUCUAUAUCUAUAUCUAUAUCUAUAUCUAUAUAUAGAUAUAGAUAGAUAGAUAGAUAGAUAGAUAUUCUGCCAAACUGUGCUAAAUGUAUAGUAUAACAAUAGGAAUAUUGCAAAGUUACUGUGCAAAUUAUCUUUGGUAAACUUUUAUAAAGGAAGCAGUGAUGAAAUGAUGGCUUUAGUAAACCCUGGGAAAUGUUCUGGUAAAAAUACUAAAGAGCCUUAAAUGUCUUUCGUGUUUUAAACAAACACAUCAUCAGCUAGUAUUGCAAAAGGCUUGAGUAGAGUUGGAAUGGUCAAUUAUCAAAAUUUUAGUAUUUAGUGUCUUGAUUAUUUAUUGUACUGGAAAUGAUUCUUCAUUAAGCUGAAGGGAUAAGCACCCCUGCUAUCAAGAUGGUUUGUUCCACACUCUUGUCCUGUAAGCACCCCUGCUGUCGAGAUGGUUUGUUCCACUCUCUCUUCCUGUGAUCGGGGUGUGAUAGUGAAAUAACUAGUUUGGGAGUUAAUGCUUAUACUUGAGGGUGAGCUUGCUUGCAUGCAUAUAAAAAAUAAAACCUGGUUAAUGAACAGUUAUAUGAUCAUUAAAUAACUGGAUUACUUGAGAUCUGCUGACAGCUCCAGACAGCACCAUUGGAGUUGAAACGUGAUGUGUUGUUUUAAACCUGAAUUUCCCAUUGCUGUUGUCUGAUCUGCUGCAGAUCUCUCUUUGAAAUGAUAUUAUCUGGUGUGUUCUGUUAAAACAUACACUGUAUUGUAGGUCUUGCAUCAACCCCAGCACCCGCUGUGAACAGGCUGCUAUUAUUCAUAUUGUAAUAUUAUUGAACAAAACUUUUCAAAUCAUCCUUUCAGCUUGAAGAAGAAAAAGCCAAGAACAACACCCCAAACUUUACUCGAUCACAAAUCCAGAGAAACAAACAGACAUUUCAACAAGAACCCAAUAUGGCCCCUAUAUGUUUUUAACAAAGCAAUUCCAUUGAUCUUACCUCUUCCAUUGGCUACACAGGUCUCCAAUGAGCGGUUUGUAUUCUCCUUUGAAGACACAACACUAGCUUAAAGAAGCUCUCAGUUUCCAUGCCUUUCUCUCUGGAAGCCUGCUAUGCUUCCACUUCCUGGCUAGGUCACCUCAGGAGUGCCUUCGUGUUCACGGAUGAAAGCCCGUCAGUCAUCAGGCUUGGAAUCAUUUUGGUAGCUACAGUCAAUUCUCUGUCUUUGUGUUAUUCCCUGAGCUCAAACGCAUCAUCUGAGUUCUGGAGCGGCUCUUCAGUUCUAGUUGCUUGCCGUAGCCAUAUUACAUGGGCAGGGUCGGCUAUCGUGGCUUUAUAGAAGCAAGUGAUCUGCCACUGGAGCAAGUUUCCUGUAGUUUUGCAAUACAAAUACAAAGUCGCUUUGACUGAUCUAGCCUACAUUACACAUGUCUGUGGCAGGCAUCUAGAACUGAAGAGCAGCUCAGAACAAACUAUUAGACUCACAGUAUUUGUGUAAUUGCAGUGAGCAGCACUCACAAUGAUUACAAACGUCAUGAAAGUUAAGAGGAUCGGAACUAAUAUAAACAAGGAAAUGGCAUUUGCUCUUGAAAAAGGAUCAGUUCUGUUCACAUGAGAAUUGCCCCGGGUUCUUUCCAAUUCAGCAGCUAUUCUUGAGCCACAGCGAUGCAGGCGGUAUUUUUUUUUAUUGUUUUCAUACUUCAGCUCCCUACAGUCACAAGGCUUUGGUUGUACAUUGUAUUUGACAGCUUUGGGGGGAAACGCCAUCCCAGAUUGAACAGAAAGUGUUGUUAAAAAUGUUCAAUGAGAAUAAAUUACGUUUGAAGACAAUCAAGACUGGUUUGGUUAGUUUGGGGGGUUUGAAGGAAUCCUGUGGUCUUGUUUCUCUUUCAGUAUGAUUACAUGCAGGCUAAUAUUCCAUCUUAUGCAGUCCAGUCAUGUCAACUGCAUAUUCACAAUGAGACAUGUGGAAUGUGGAGCUGUCUUGUGGAAUGUCAGCUCUAAACCCUGUAUUCCAAAUACUUGCCUUUCUCUGUCCCUGCGCAUGUGUGAGAUGCUCAUCUGUAGGCAUUAAUUUAUUAAACUUGUGAUUGGCAUGUUA